UUCUAUUUAUCGCCUCUUCGCGAACGCUGCCCAAUCUCCCGCUGCCCAAUCUCCACCACAGAGGCCAGAGAAGCGGCGUCGCCACCACCAGAAGCCAUGGCUGUUCCAUUGCUGGACAAGAAGAUUGUUAAGAAGCGCGUCAAGAAGUUCAAGAGACAUCAGAGUGAUCGAUUCAUCUCAGUGAAGCCUAGCUGGAGGAGGCCCAAGGGUAUUGAUUCCCGUGUCCGAAGAAAGUUCAAAGGAUGCACCUUGAUGCCAAAUAUUGGUUAUGGCUCAGACAAGAAGACGCGCCACUACCUUCCCAAUGGGUUCAAGAAGUUUGUUGUGCACAAUGUCAGCGAGCUCGAAGUCUUGAUGAUGCACAACAGAACCUAUUGUGCUGAAAUCGCACACAACGUAUCUACCAAGAAGAGGAAGGAAAUUGUUGAACGGGCAGCUCAGUUGGAUGUUGUUGUGACGAACAAAUUGGCCAGGCUGCGCAGCCAGGAGGACGAGUAAGCAGGUCGCUUGAAGUGUUAUUUCUUUGGUGACUGUUUUUUAUUUCUUUACUUAUAAUUGAAAGAUUGAAUGAGGAGAUUUUGGGGCAAAUUUUGUUUCGACUUAGCUGCUAUUUUUUCAGACAUCUGUUUUUUGUAUGGCAUGUUAUCUCAUUAUGACUUGCAAUGAUGUUUUGUUUUGGUUGUGGUUC